AUGGCGUCCCAACCGGAAGUCUAGUAGUCGAUGUGUACAUACCAUUAGUUUGUUGACAUGACACUUGUGACAUUUGUGACAAGCUUGAAGCUCCAAUCCAAAAAACUAUCACGCCGUUGGUUGAGUUUUGCAGAUGAAUUGAAUUGGACAUAAAAACCAUAGUAAGCAGAAAUAUAGCUGGACAAUGAGUACACCAUUUGGAACUUUGGCUGCUUCUGCUGCCUCCACUGCCCCCUCAAUGUUUGGGGGCUCUGCCUUUGGCACUACUACCACAAAACCCACAACAGGAUUUAGUUCUUUUGGGACCUCAACUGCAACAUCAAUCGGUGGCACAGGAAGUCUGACUUUUGGUGGUGGAGCCUCAACGUUUGGGAGUGCUGCCCCAACAUUUGGCACUACAGCGCCAACAUUUGGCAGCACAGCACCAACAUUUGGGAGUACUGCCCCAGCAUUUGGAAGCACUGCCCCUACCUUUGGCAGUACGGCUCCGACCUUCGGGACAGGAGCACCUGCUUUUGGAAGCACAGCUCCGGCCUUCGGCACUAACACUUUGACUACAAACACCUUUGGUGGUACAUCCACACUUAGCACCGGGACAACAUUUGGCUCAACUUUUGGACAGAAGCCUGCUACUACUGGUUUUGGUGGAUUCGGGACAGGACUGACAUCAACAUUUGGUCAGCCAAAUCAGCAACCACAACAGCAGCAGCAAGGGCCAGGGUCAGCUCACGAGGCGCUGGUGGCUGCAGUGUUCAACUGUUCAGUAUUUGGAGAUGAGAGAGACCAGGUGCUUGCCAAAUGGAACCUUUUACAGGCUCAAUGGGGCACUGGUCAUGCGUACUACAGUCGUAACGCGCCGCGCCUAGAGUUAAACGAGCAGAAUCCUCUGUGCCGCUUCAAGGCGGUCGGGUACUCCCGGCUUGGCUCUCACGAGGAUAAGGACGGUCAUGUCGUGAUGAUGUUCAACAAGUCUGCUUCAGAGAUCAACACCAACAAGCAAGUUCUCCAGACUUCAUUGAGCAACUUGUUUGGUAACAAGCCCAAUUUGGUAGUUACCAUUGACUCAGUAGGAGCAGUUACUGACAAUAAAAGUCAAGUAGUCAUAUACGUGAUCGACAAAAACGCUAACAACGCCCACAUAUCAGCGACGGAGCUAGCCUCGUUCCUGAACGCGGGCGCGGCGCGCACGGCGCUCAACGGCGCGGGCUGCAGCACCGUCACCGCCGUCACUUGGCCCACGCUGCAGGCUCUGGCGCAGUACCUGCAGACGCCUCCUCCGGGAAUGGACAUGCGACUAUGGAAGCAAGCGCAAGCCGACAAUCCCGACCCUGAAAACUAUAUACCAGUUCCAAUUAUCGGCUUUUCCGAGAUUAAAAGUCGAGCACGCAUCCAGGGCGAGGAAGCGAACCUGCAAGCAGAAUGGCUAAAGCGGACCGCGGACACACUGGCUGAACUACGAACCAGGCGCGCCGCCGCCGCCGCUCGGCUCGCUCAGCUGUCGGCGAAGCUACACGCGCUGAGGCACACGCUGCUACAGGCGAUCGGUCGCAAGGAAGUGAUGGGGCGAGUCGGCGCGGCGCUCAGUCCCGAGGAAGAGGCGGUGAGAGCGCGCCUUCACGAGCUGGCUUCCACGCUGUCCACACCACCGCUGUACAACGGCCGACUGAAUGAGUUGCUGAGCGCCGUGCGGCUGCAGCGGAGCGCCAUCGGAGGUGGCUCACACGAGCGGUACCAACUAGAUCCAGGUGCCCAAGAAGACUUGAAACAAUUCCUGACCCUCCAACAGCGUGGUAUGGCUCACCUCCUAGACACAGCACGAAAGGACCUGGACGCGCUAAACACGAUCGCGGAAGGCAUGUCCCGUCUCGUACGGUCCUAGCGAAGUACCUCGUGGCCGUAUAAAAUUAUACAUUGAUCGUUGAAGUAUGUAAACAUAUCGGCCCGGAAUCAGCAAUAGCCGAUACAUGCCCUGGUCCAACCAAUAGCGAGUAAGCGAUGGACUAUCGGCAAUACAUACAUACAUACAAUCACGCCUGUAUCCCAUAAAGGGGUAGGCAGAGCACAUGAUACUACUAAAGCUUCAGGGCCACUCUUGGCAAAUAAGGGGUUAAAAGAAAACGAAACUAUCGGCAAUACCUCUAAGAAAGUCGCUCCCGAGUAAAUAAAAGAGACGUGAUGAUUUAUAGUUGUUUGUUUUUUAUUUGCUCGCUGUUUCUUUUUGUUUUUCUAUCGCCGAGCCGACCUCAUCGCUUACUCGCGAUGGUAGGACCAGUGCCACAAGGAGACUAUGUGUCAGCUGUAAAAGCCAAAUUGGGCGUUGUCGCUUCGGAAAAGACAUCUUAGUCUUAUUGUUCAUAUAGUCGCCCCGUCGCCGAAUGGCAUUUCUCCGACGCGAAACGAAAACGAAACGCCGCGAAAGGUAGUCUGGCUCUGUUGCGCCAAUACGCAAGAGCGAUAGAGAUAGAUAUCUACUAGCGUUUGGUUUCGUGAGCGUUUGUGCCAUUCGGCUACCCAGAUAUUUAUGAGCGAUAUCUGAACACGCGUCCAUUUUUAAGGCGUUUAAUUGUGUGUUCAGAUUUUCGGCAGGUACGAUCAGCAGGCCUAGCACAUGAUGGCCGCGAGAGUAUGUCGCCGCGAGAUAGACUACCUGUC